AAAGAUGAAGCUCUUGAGAAAUUCAAGAUUCUUGUGAAAAAUAUUCAAAAUGAGAAAUCUCUUAGUAUUAAAAGCAUCAGAAGUGAUCAUGGAGGAGAGUUUGAUUCUGAAAGCUUUGGAAAUUUCUGCGAUCAACUAGGAAUCUCCCAUGAGUUUUCAGCCCCUAGGACGCCUCAACAAAAUGGCGUAGUGGAAAGAAAAAAUAGAGCUCUUAUAGAGCUAGCUAGAACAAUGCUUAGUGACUAGGCUUCCAAAGUAUUUUUGGGCUGGAGCAGUAGCUACCGCCUGUUAUGUUCUGAAUAGAACAUUGAUUAGGGCCAUCAUAGAAAAAACCCCUUAUGAAAUCUGGAAAGAUCAGCGGCCAAAUAUUAGUUAUCUUAGACCAUUUGGGUGUAGAUGCUUUAUACUUAAUACUAAGGAUACACUAGGAAAAUUUGACUCAAAGUCAGAUGAGGGAGUACUUUUGGGAUAUUCUACUCGUAGUAAAGCUUAUAGAGUCUUCAACAAGAGAUCCUUGAAGGUAGAGGAAUCAAUAUAUGUUGUUUUUGAUGAAACUGACUAUAUUUCUGAGCAUGAAAGAGAGCAGGACGAUGAUAAGGAUGAUUUGGGACUAAUUAGAACGACGACAACCUCAGUCACCCAAGAAUCGGAGAUUCCACAUGAGAGGUUAUUCAAAUCCCAAGAGCCAAGUGCACCACCUCAUAUUGCUAAGGCACAUCCUCCGCAUCAAGUCAUUGGGAACAUUAAUGAUGGGGUCAAAACAAGAUCAAGUAAGGACUUAUAUCAAGGUCAGACUUCUUACUUUUCACUUAUUGCUACAGUCUAUUUAUCCUUGAUUGAGCCUAAAAACAUUAAGGAAGCUUUACUUGAACUUUUCUAUGCAAGAAGAAAUGCUUCAAUUUGCUAGAGCUCAAGUAUGGGACUUGGUUCCUAGACCAAUAGGUAAAACUAUUCUAGGACUUAAAUGGGUCUAUCGCAAUAAAACAGAUGAUCAAGGGAUAGUUAAUAGGAAUAAGGCUCGAUUGGUGGCUAAAGGCUAUAAUCAAUAAGAAGGAAUAGACUAUGAUGAAACAUUUGCUCCGUAGCCCUUAUUGAGGCAAUUAGACUGUUGUGUGCCUUUGCUUCUUCAAUGAAUUUCUAAUUAUAUCAAAUGGAUGUCAAAAGUGCAUUUCUGAAUGGAGUCCUUCAUGAAGAGGUCUAUGUAGAACAACGUCCUGGUUUUGAAGAUCAUAGGUUUCCUAACCAUGUUUUCAAACUUAAAAAGGCUCUCUAUGGAUUAAAACAAGCUCCUCGCACGUGGUAUGAACGUAUAACUCAAUUUCUAGAAAGUGAAGGGUUUGUUAGGGGUUCUGUUGAUACAACUCUAUUUCUCAAAAAACAUAACAAUGAUCUUAUGGUUGUCCAAAUCUAUGUUGAUGACAUAGUUUUUGGUGCUACUAAUGAAACUAUGUCCGUAGAGUUUGCCUCCUGUAUGCAACAAAACUUUGAAAUGAGUAUGAUGGGUGAGCUUACUUACUUCCUAGGACUUCAAAUCCAACAAACUUCAAGAGGAAUUUUCAUUAGUCAGACGAACUAUACUCAGUCCAUGAUGACCAAGUUUGAUCUUGGUAAUCUUAAUCCUAGUCCGACCCCAAUGGCUACCAAUAUCCAAUUAGACAAGGAUGAAGGUGAUAUAGAUGUUGAUGAACGUAAAUAUCGUGGGAUGAUAGGAUCGCUUCUCUAUCUCACGGCAAGUAGGCCAGAUAUUAUGUUUAGUGUUUGUAUGUGUGCUAGGUUUCAGUCCAAACCUAAGGAAAGUCACCUUAGUGCCGUUAACCGCAUCUUCCGUUACCUGAAAGGUACACCUACUUUAGGUCUAUGGUAUCCUAGGGAAACAAACCCUGAGCUUAUGGGAUUUAGCGAUUCAGACUUUGCCGGUAGUAGAACAGAUAGAAAAAGUACCUCUGGAACCUGUCAAUUUUAUGGUCGGUCCUUAAUUUCUUGGUUUAGUAAGAAACAACACUCCGUAGCUCUCUCCACCGCUGAGGCUGAGUAUAUUGCCGCAGGAAGUUGUUGUCAACAACUUCUAUGGUUAAGGACUCAACUAGCGGACUAUGGAAUUAUACUUCCUACCGUUCCCAUUUUAUGUGAUAAUACGAGUGCUAUUAAUAUGUCCAAAAACCCGGUUCAACACUCUAGGACAAAACAUAUAGAGAUUAAAUAUCAUUUUCUUCGAGAGCUAGUUCAGAGUAAAACCGUGUCUAUCUCCUUCAUACCUACGAGUGAGCAACUAGCGGAUAUUUUUACUAAACCACUUCCUAUAGAUCAAUUUCUAUUUAUUCGUAGUGAGUUAGGAAUGAUUUUCCAAUUCGAUCUUGCUAAUUUUGGAUCCUGAUAUUCUCUUUCUUGAGUGUUUGUUUCCAUUAUUGUCUAUAUAUAUAUAAUAAAAAUAAUACUAUAAAAAAUUAAAAAAAUUUGAAAAAGGGGGGACACACCAUCGCAAACUCAAAACGGCGACUCCCCUACUGCGCGCGACUUCGCGUUUUCCCGCGAGUAGUCUCGCUAUUUCCCCUGGGAAAUCGCCUUUCCCGGCGAGUAGUCUCGCCUUUCCCUUUCUUCUAUGAUUCUUGCCCCGUAUCCACCUUGGGGAUUCUUGCCGCUUGAUUCCAUCGCCGCCUCAUUGUAAUUCCCAAUCUUUCCUUCCUCUUCAUCAAUUUUCAUUCGCCUUCUAUCUCUCUUUUCCCGCUAAUCGAUUCUUCCCCUUUCUGCCUUCCUCUCCGAAUCGUCGAUCAUGAUUCCCUUACCCCCAUUCCUUAAGUCCUUCCAGCGGAAACGCUAGAGUCUCUGCCUAUAUAUAUAUUUGUUUCCUUCCAUCGAUCACGACGUUCAUCUCUAAAAAACCCCUCCUUGCUCCACGUUUUCUGGCUGAAACGACAUCAUGAGCUUCCUCUCCGGUGACUCGUUCCUCAUGAUUCCAGCUCUCUUUCGUUGCCAGCAGAGGAUCGUUUCCUUUACCGGGGCGCUCUACCCUCAUCCGGUUGGUGAGAAUCGUGACUGUCAUCAACAGAUUUUUGCAGUGAAGCCCAUUCUGCCGAUCUGCACUCUGGAUCCUUAUGCUUUCGCCUUUGUUGACACUAUGGAUCCUAUCUCCCUCAUCGACAGUCUAGGUUGGCUUCCUAUGGGUGACUCACCUCCUCCCAGCUACUGCCCAGCUGCCGUUCGUGCCUUCUAUUCCAAUCUCCGGAUAGAUGGGCUCGCAACGGGCAAAUUCUCCACCCUGGUAUAUGGUCACUUGCUUACCCUUUCGGUUGAUGACCUUGAUGCAUUUCUUAUUCUGCCUACUAGAGGCAAGCAACUCAUUAGUCCUUUGGAGUUCUGGUCAUACAAGUUUGACUUGCGUCGGGAGGUUACAAAUCGCUCCUUGGACUCGCUGGAUGAUUCACUCAAGCUUCUCCACUACUACACCACCCGAGUGUACUUUCCGCGGGGUGACCGCUUGGAUGUCAUUUUUCCUCUUGAUUGCUGGGUCAUGUCUCACGCCAUCUCUGAUAUGCCGUUGAGCUAUCCUCACCUGCUGUUUGGGGCAAUCGUGGAUGCCGCUGCCAAUGACUCUCCCAGUGUUGGUCUUCCCUUUGCUGCGCUGAUUACGCUGCUGCUGCAGUGUCUCGGUGUGCCUCUGGCUGACUUUGUCACUAUUUCUGACAAUUUUGUUCAUCCCUCCAUUGAUGAAGUAUUGACUGUCGUGGGACUUCCCCCCAUUGUUGAUUUAUCAUCAGGGGGAGAUGUUGUGGCCACGCACGCAACUAUUGGAGAAAGAGGCGAAGAGCUUGCCAAAGACGAGGCGUCCGCGGAUGGUGGUGCAUCUGUUUCAGCCUCUGUCCGUCCCUUCAAGCUCAGGCGACAGGCGAAAGGGCCUCUCCAUUCUAGCAGAGUUCUCAAGCGUCUCAAUAAUCAAAAACAUUCUGAAGGAGUGGUUCUCUAUGAGAAUCAUGAUCUUGAGCAAAACAAUUAAAAGCCUUAAUUUAGGGGGAGCAAGUUUCGAGUUGUUAGUUGUUGCUGCUGCUGUUUUAAAUGACUUAUUUGAAUUGUUGCUUUUAAGCUCUAGAUUGGGUCAGGGGGAGUAUUAAAUCAUGUCUCUUAUUUGCGAUGUUGAGUGUUUGAUUGAAUAAUGCCCUGAGCUAUACUCAGGAUGAAUGAAGUAAUUUGUGUUCUUAAUAAUCUGUGGCGUAUGAUGAAUGAGAGAUAUAAUGAUUGUCAUUCUUUAAUAUUGAGCUUUAUGAUGAAUGAAGCAUAUGCAGUAACAGGAUGCUAAAUCAAGCUUAGGGGGAGAAUGUUGAGUCAACAAGCUUGAUUUAGCAAAUUGAAUAUCAUAGGAUAUUUUGUUUUGAAUAUAUGCUAUUAUUGUGAACUAACAAUCUCUGCAGAAAUAUCACAAUCAAUGAUGAGGAAAAAGGAAACAAUUCAAAGUGAUUUCUUGCCCUCAAAGGAGUUACCAUAUCAAGCAAAAAGGGUAUCAAAUCAAGGAGAUACUUGCCACAUAAAGGACUACAAAUGAAAGAAAAUGAAAGGAGUUACCAUAUCAAAGUGAUUGCUUGCCCUCAAAGGAGUUACCAUAUCAAGCAAAAAGGGUAUCAAAUCAAGGAGAUACUUGCCACAUAAAGGAAUACAAAUGAAAGAAAAUGAAGGCUCACAUCCACUAUAAAUAGUAGAGUCAUUUGUAGACCAGGACACCUUUUGCAAAGAUCUCUUCUCCCUUGUAAUAGCGAAAUUGUGUGAUCAUAUUUCGUGGUGUGAAUAGCUUGAUAUCUCGGAGGUUGAGAUAUUCAAGCUAGGUCGGGUUUUAGGGUAGAAAUGGUAUUUGUAAUUGGGACUAGAGCAAGAGCAAGAUGUGAUUCUUGCUUGGGAGUUGCAUUAGAUGGAUUAGUCUUCAAUCAAGUCAAACUAAGAGUGUUGGCUUGAGUGAUUGAGUGGGUAGCUUAGCUUGGAUUUGGCUAAGGGUUGAAUAGGUGUGGAGUUGCACCUAUUUGGUUCUUGACACGAAGUGUCAAGAUUGUUUCAAUUUCAUAGGUUAGAGAGUCUUUUAUUUUAAUAAAAGUUAGAGUCUCUCGUGAGAUAGUGGUAACUAUCUCCGGGACGUGGAUGUAAAGCCAUAUUGGCCGAACCACGUUAAAAUUGCGUGUCCUGACUCAUCUCUCUCUCUCUCUCUAUACCUUCUCUAACCUUGUUCUCUUUAUCAGUGCCAACUAAUUAAUCACUUCAAGAGAGAUUCUUGGCAAGUCCUUUUGGAUUGCUCAAUCAAGCUAGUGCUAAUCUCUCACUAUUGAAAUCAGAAUUAAUUUGUGCACCGACCACGUCAAAAGUAUUCAUUAUUGACCUCGCUUGGUCUAACAUGUGGGCACUCCUAUGAUUAGUGUUAGUUUUAAUGGGGGGCUUGUUGGUUAUUUUCAAGCUAAUAAAGGGUUCAGGCAAUGUGAUCCUCUCUCCCCUACCUGUUCUCUGUAGCUAUGGAAAUUUUCACGUCUCUUCUUGACAAAUCUGCCACUGAUGGGUACUUCUCUUUUCACCCACCGUGUAAGAAAAUUAAACUUAAACAUCUUUGUUUUGCGGAUGACCUUCUGGUCUUCUCUGAUGCAUCAAAUUGUGGAAUUCUGGAACUUCAAAGGGUUCUCAGUCAGUUUAGAAGGAUCUCAGGUCUGAAAUCAAACCCUAAUAAUGUGAGGUCGUUUUUACUGGGUUAGAUCAAGAGGAAAAAGGUAGAAGGGCUUCCAGAUAUGGCUCAGCUUUGAGAGUUUCCUGUGAGAUACUUGGGGGUUCCCCUCAUUUCAGGUAAACUCAGUCUUGCUGCUUGCAAGCCUCUUAUUGACAAAUUGGUGACUAAAGUAAGAAGCUGGCAAGCUAAGACCUUGUCUUAUGCAGGAAUUGAGCUAGUAGGAACUGAUUUGUAUAGUUUGACACAAUUUUGGAUGUCGGUGUUUUUACUCCCAUGGGUUGUUAUUAAAGAGGUUGAACAGAUUUGUAGUUGAUUCAUAUGGGGAGUUGGGACUUGAAAAAGCUUAGAGAAAAUAUGGUCUGGCAGAAACUGACUUUCCCAAAGAAAGAGGAUGGUCUGGGACUUAGGGAUAUGAGCAGUUGGAAUGUAGCUUGCAUGGUAAGGCAUAUAUGGCUUAUUCUAUUGAAAGAAGGCUCUUUGUGGGUAGCUUGGAUCCAUGCUUAAUUAUAAGAUAAAAGAGCAUAACUUCUGGACUUAUACAUGUAGAACUGGAUCAUGGAACUGGAAGAAGAUCAUUAAAAUCAAAACUAGAGUUAGUCACUUGCUUUCACUAGAUAAUGACACAGUUCUGUUUAAAGGUGUCCCACUGAAUUCGUUCUCGAUCUGGAAGGUUUGAGAAUUUAUUAAGCCUACUCAGCAGAUAGUUCCCCGAUGAAAACUUGUAUGGUAAAGGCAGGCUAUCCCAAGGAACAUGGUGAUUGAUGACUUGAUAUGUGCACAUGUUUUCCCCUUUGUUUCUUGAUCGUUUGAGCUUUAAUUAUCGCGUCUUUGGCCUAUUUUACGCUAGGUUGUGUUCCUUUAUCACAUUACAGGUCCUAGCACAUAAAGUGAAGCAUAGGCGCAAGUUUCAAGUCAAUCAGAGAUCAAUUGGCGAUUAGGGAGAAGAAACUCGGGCAUGACCUGAAGAAGAAUGGAUUUCUACCUCACUUUAUGGACAAAGAAUCAUUCAAACUUGUCAUGAAAAUAAAGAGGACGAGACUACGAGCGUAUGGGAUCAAACAAUGACUGAUUCAGAUUCCGGACGAGGGAGAAACGAAGCAUUGAAUAUAGGGGAACAUGUUCGGCAGUAAAAACACGGGCGCGCCUAAAUCAAACACGGCCGUGCCCAUAUUUAGGCACGACCGUGUUUUGGCCGACGCGCACGAGCGUGUUUUUAACACGGGGCAAAACACGGGCGGGCAAAACCAAAGCACGGCCGUGCCCUCGACCAUGUUUUGCCCAGAAUCGGGUUUUUUAGGCAGAUUGAAGCCAAACGAAAUGGGGGAGAGCUGGGUUUUGGAUCCCAAACACCCAAGGGACGAACCAAAGAGAGAGAGGGCGAUUUGAGGGCAUUCUAAGAGUGGAAUUGGAGGAUUUCUUCGCCUUGGAAGCUCGAGGAACGAGCCCGGACUUGAAGACUGAUCAUCUGAGGAUUCUUACUGCAGUCUCUCUCUUCUCUAUGGAGUAACUUCCCUUCACUUAGGUUUUGAGGAACCCUAGCUAUGUUUGUUUGAUUGGAUGAUUGUAUGAGUACUCUGACUUGAUAACCUUGAGUUCAUAUUCAAUCUAUGCAUGUUUUCAUGAUUCAAUUCUGCUUUAGUCGAGAUUAUUGAUUCUUUUUUGAUCCUAUGAGAGCGAAUACCUGAUUAGGUCAAUAGAGCCCCAUAGAUUGAUAGUAUUGGAUCGAUUGCUUUAGUCGAGGGUUGAUUCACUGUUUUGUAUCGAUUGAGAACCUCUUUCGAUAGAGGGAGUCUAGUUCAGAACGCCUUGAUCGAUUGUUCUAGAGAAGGAUACGUCCCUCUAGGCAAUUGACUCAAGAGGGCCUUGUUCCUUUAGUCAAGACUCAAGGUCUAGUCAAGGAUUCUCUGCAUUGUGAAUGAAAGUGAAACAGGUUAGAGAUCAUCAAUCAUUAAUCUGGCUAGUGGCUAGGGGGAAUCAUACCUAAGUGAGUUCCCAACCUGUAAUUAGAUUAACUUUAACUAUAGUUUGCUAGAGUAGUUUUAGUUCUUUCAUCUUAAUCUGGUUUGCUAAAUAAUAAACUGAAGCUGAGUAAUAGUAACUCUAGAGACCCGUGGAUUCGAUAUUUAUCACUUGAGCCACUAUACUGCAGUCCCUUUCAUUGGUUACACUUGGCCUUUGUUAGGAGUUGUGUCAUAGCGUGUCAGUGAUCUCAUGGUUGGUUGUUAAAGGUUGUAUAAACACAAGGAGAAGGAUGCUAAAAUGGGGCUAUUUGGGACCUACGAGUUGUUGUCUUUGUGAUACAGAACAUGAGGACAGAUAGCUCUUAUUUACAAAAUGUCUUUUUUCGAAAACAUUGUAUGAUGGUCUUCUAAGUAGCUCACUGAAGAGUACUCUUAGGCCUGGUUGGGACGAUGCAAUGAACCUCUGGACUGCUAAAUUUUCUGCUGCUACUGAGACUGUUGAAGUGAUGAGGCUGAUUUGGCAGUUCUGGAUGAGUCAUGUAUGGCGUGAAAGAUGCUGUCGAAUGUUUGCUGGUGUCAACGUUUUGGUUUGGUUGUUGGUUUGCUGUUUUGGUAGUGUUAUUUUGAAAGUGAUGUAGGACUAGCUAGCAAGGCUGUUGCUAGCAGCUCUUUUUUUUUUUAUGAAAUACAAACCCACCGAUUCAUAAAAAAAAUUGAAAAACAAUAUUAUUUUAUAUUAAAUAAAUCUAACAUGAUCCAUUUUAAAUACUUAUAUAUUUUUAGAAUUUUGUAUUCAUAUUUUAUGUUAGAAAUAUUUUUUAGGCAUUUUCAUCACCUCUUAUAUUAGAAAGUAAUUAUGAUCAGUGGUGGACAUUUAGGACACCCCUAAAAUUUGGAAGAACAAUUAUCCAACCCAGUUGUAGCUUCGUAUGGAAAAAAAUUAUUAUUAGUAAUCCGAGAUACUCUUAAAAUUUGAAAAAAUGAUUAUACUACUCUCGAUACUAAUGUGUGUAAGAUUUAAUAAAAUAUAAAUGGUAGUUUGUGUUAUUCAAACCAAGGACACUACUAUUAUUAAACAUAUUCUCUAGGUUGCAACUCAUUUCUUGUUCUAUUUAAACACUAUGAAAUAGUAAAAACAUUAUUUCUUAUCCCCAACUAUUUUCAAAACCUAACAACUAAAGUAAUUACGGGCUAUCCUUAAUUUGAAUUGAUUUUAUAGUUACACGGCAAAGAGUUAAAAGAGUCUUUCAACUUUGAGUUACACAAAGAACAAGGUUAGAAAUUGAAUAUGCGAUCAGUUCGUGAAUUAUUGUCUAGUAUGAUAUAUAGAUUUGUUGAGCAGUGAAGACGUCGAGUAUAUUUUAUAUUAUUUUUCAGAAUAUGAUAGUUUUUCAGCUAAACACUUGACAAUUUUUUUUCAGCUAAACACUUGACAAUUUUUUAAUACUUUUUGAAAAGAUUAACAUAAACUGCUUCAUUCUGCAAAAAUUACUGCAUGAUCAACUACUAGUCAUACAAUUGAAACAUUGGCGUCAUGAAAGAAGUUCAAAAAUAAAUAAUCAACUCGACGACCCUUCUACCUUAUGCAAGUUCAUCGACCAUAUGCUAUUGUAAAUAACAUACCUAUGAAAAGAUUGAUUAAGAAUAAAUAAAAUUACUUUCA